CCGUUCGCCGCGAAACUCGAAAUCAUGAAUCGGGUCGAGCGUGGUGAAAAGAAGUCCGACGUUGCCGCCGCGUACAAAAUUCCAAGGAGCACCUUAAGUACUAUCCUGAAGAACAAGGCAGACAUCGGGGCCAAGUCGGACAAAAGGCCAGGUGCCCGUGGCGUCCGACGUAUGCGCACUGCUGUGUACGAAGAUGUUGAAGCGACCGUUUACAAAUGGUUUGUGAACGUUCGGUCGCGAAACAUCCCGGUGUCCGGCCCUAUGAUUGAGAAGAAAGCCAAGGACCUUGCUUUCCUGCUUGGCAGGAACGAUUUCCAAGGUGGUUCAGGCUGGCUCCAACGGUUCAAAGAACGGCACGACAUCGUUGGCAAAGCUGUUACAGGUGAAAGCAGAGCGGCGGACCUGGACAGCGUAGACAAAUGGCUCGAGGAAAACUGGCGAGAUAUCGCAGCAAGAUAUCAAGCCCAAGAUAUCUUCAAUGCGGAUGAAACCGCUCUAUUUUGGCAAAUGUUGCCAAACAAGACACUUGCGUGUCGUGGCGACAAGACUUGCGGCGGCAAGGCAAACAAAGCUCGUGUGUCCGUGCUGUUCGCAGCUAAUUUAGACGGAUCGAAAAAGCUUCGACCUCUGGUUAUCGGGAAAAGCAUGGCACCGUGGUGUUUUCGAAAUGCGCUGUAG